UUAAACCUUUCCUGCGUUUUCGUGGAAAAUUCCCUUUUUUUUUUUUUAAGAGAGAGAUUUCCCUCUUCAUAUGAAGCUCCAAUUUCUACUCUUAUGCUUGUUUGCCCCUUUAUAUGUUGCUUCUGCCUUAAGUUCAGAUGGGUUGACUCUAUUGUCUCUUCUCAACCACUGGACUUCUGCGCCUCCUUCCUUAAAGUCAAACUGGAAGUCCUCUGAUGCCACCCCUUGCUCAUGGAUAGGGAUACAGUGUGACCGUUACCAGAAUGUGGUCUUUCUAAACCUCACUGCAUCUCAGAUUUUUGGUCACCUUGGGCCAGAAAUUGGACAGCUGACUCACUUGCAGAAACUUUUGUUGGCCACAAAUGGUUUCUCAGGUACAAUACCCCCAGAGUUAUGUAAUUGUAGUCUGCUUGAGUAUGUUGAUCUUUCUGAGAAUCAUUUGUCAGGAUAUAUACCUUCAGAAAUUGUUAAUUGCAAAUCUUUGAAGUCGUUACAAUUAUAUUCCAAUCAACUAGAGGGAGCCAUUCCAAACGAAUUGGGAAGCCUAAGUAAAUUGGAGGAGAUUAAAUUGUAUUUCAACCACUUGACAGGUGAAAUUCCACUUGCCAUUUGGAAGAUUCAGAGUCUUAAGCAUAUCCUUCUUCAUAAUAAUAGCCUUUCAGGGAAAUUACCUUCAGAGAUGACAGAACUCAAGCAUCUGAAAAAUAUCUCAUUGUUUGACAACCAAUUCUCUGGACCAAUUCCUCAAAGCCUGGGAAUCAAUAGCAGUUUAGUGAAGCUGGACUUGAUGAAUAAUAAGUUUACUGGUGGCAUCCCCCCAAAUCUUUGUUUUGGAAAGCAACUCCGCACACUGCUUUUAGGUUAUAAUCAAUUUCAAGGAGGCAUACCUCCAGAUUUGGGAAGAUGUGCAACUCUUGCAAGGUUGGAUCUCAGUGACAAUAAUCUUUCUGGGCCUAUUCCUAAAUUUGAAGGUAAUAAUGAUCUCAUGUACAUGGACAUGAGCAAGAACAACAUCAGUGGAGAAAUUACAUCUACUUUGGGAAGCUGCACAAAUCUCAUUGGUUUAAUUCUGUCCACAAAUAAAAUCACAGGGCUUAUACCCUCAGAGUUAGGAAACCUUUUGAACCUUCAGGUUCUGAAUCUUGCUCACAAUAAUCUAGUAGGUACUUUGCCGCUGCAACUAUCGUACUGUACCAAAAUGUUUACAUUUGACGUGGGAUUCAAUUUUCUUAAUGGUACAUUCCCAUCAAGCAUGAGGAGCUGGACAGUUUUGGGCAGAUUAAUUUUAAGAGAUAAUCAUUUUAGUGGGUCUGUCCCAUUUUUCCUCUCAGAGUAUGCCCAGCUUCUCGAAUUACAACUUGGUGGAAAUAUGUUUGAAGGACUAAUUCCCGCAUCAAUUGGAUCAUUGAUUCACUUAUAUGAGUUGAAUCUGAGCUCUAAUAAAUUAACAGGUAUGACCCCUGGUACAUUCAAUAGCUUGUUAAUGCUCGAAAGCCUGGAUUUAUCCCUGAACAAUUUGACAGGAAGCAUAAAAGCGCUUAGCGGAGUUUCACCAUUAACGAAAUUCAAUAUAUCAUACAACUCAUUUUUUGGUCCUUUACCAGAAUGGAUGAAGGGAUCUCCAUCAUCUUUCUUGGGAAAUCCUGGCCUCUAUGCCAGUUGUUCAACUUCGGAUGUCUCGGGUUGCAAAAACAAACCGGGUGACUCUGAAUCAACUGACCACAAAGGCAGUAAAAAAUCCAUUUUUUUUAUAGCACUUGGAUUCACAGUGCUUGUCAUUUGUUUGUCAUUUGUAAUUUGCUGGUUUAUUCAAAUAUCUAAUGUGGAGGUCAAUGUUGACCAUGAAGGACAAGAGGAUUUGUUUUCAAACGAUGAAGGAUUUUCUAGAAUUUGUAAUCUACUAGAUGCUACAGAACAGCUACAUGAUGAACAUAUAAUUGGUGAAGGAGGGCAAGGAAUUGUUUACAAAGCCGAACUUGGUAGUGGAGUUUUUGCUAUUAAGAAGGUUAAAUUUACCCAAAGCCAUAAGAGGAAACCAAACAUGAUCAGGGAAAUUGAAAUGACUAGGAAGAUUAGGCAUCAAAAUGUGGCAAGAUGCCUAGGCUCCCAGAUUGGUGAGGAAUAUGGUCUAACCAUUAGCAGGUACAUGGAAAAUGGAAGCCUUCAUGAUGUUUUACAUGAAAAUGAUCCACUACCCUACUUAGCAUGGAAUGUCCGCUAUAAAAUUGCUAUUGGAAUUGCAAAAGGACUAGCAUACCUCCAUCAUGAUUGUGAUCCCCCCAUAUUGCACAGAGACAUCAAACCAAAGAAUAUACUCCUUGAUUCUGAUAUGCAGCCUUGUAUUAUUGAUUUUGGUAUUUCGAUUGCUUUGAAUCAGCCCUCUAGUGUGGUGCGGAUACGGUCAACAUAUCAUGUAGGUACUCGUGGAUUUAUGGCACCAGAGAUUGCAUGUGUGGUAGUGCCCAGUUGUGAGCUCGAUGUAUAUAGUUAUGGGGUAGUUUUGCUUGAGCUGAUAACCAGAAAGAAAGUAUUAGACUCCUCAUUUUUGGAAGAGGAAACCACUUUGGUAGGGUGGUUUAAAUCUGUAUGGAGGAGAACCAAUGAACUUGAAGAGAUUGUUGAUUCAUCCCUUGUACGGGAGCUUUCAUGUUUAGACGUAAGGGUGCAAGUCAUCAAAGUGCUUUUGGUGGCUCUAAUUUGUACUGAGACAGAUCCAGGAAAGAGACUGAAAAUGAGGGAUGUCAUCGAAUUCUUUGAAACGCCCAUUGAUCCAGGAAUUUUCAUUCAGCAUGACAGAGCAUUUCAUCUGGGGGGUUCUCUUGCUACUGCAGCAGCCUCUAUAUUUUUUCAGGAGGACGUCAAGAUCACUGCCAAUAGAGGUUCUUACCCAAUUAUUCACAAAGUGAUGGCGGGUGAUGAAAAAUUGAACAAUUCAAAUAUUAUUGGCAGAGGAGCUCAUGGUGUUGUCUACAAAUAUUCACUAGGAGCAUCCCUUGUUUAUGCUGUAAAGAAGGUUGCGUUUGUUGGUAACAAAAGAAGGAUUGUAAAGAUAGCUAGAGAAAUUGAAAUCAUUGCAAAGAUUAGGCACCGAAAUCUAGUCAGAUUGCUGGACUUUUUGUUUAAAAAGGAGUACUGUCUGAUCUUGUACAAUUACAUGCCAAAUGGAAACCUUCAUGAUGUUUUGCAUGACAAGAAUCCACUGCCAUGCCUGGAGUGGAAUGUCCGGUAUAGGAUUGCUGUUGGAAUUGCUCAUGGGUUGGCUUAUCUCCAUUACGAUUGUCAUCCUGCCAUAGUGCACUGUGCCAUCAAACCUAAAAAUAUACUUCUGGAUUCUGAUAUGGAUCCCUGUAUUGCUAAUUUUGGUAUUGCUAAGCUUUUGGAUCAGUCUUCUUCAACACCAUCUUUAGCAGUUCCAGGACCACAAGGGUAUAUAACACCAGAGAGUACAUAUACAACAGCAAAUACCAGGGAGUUUGAUGUUUACAGUUAUGGGAUAGUUUUGCUUCAGUUGAUAACUAGAAAGAAGGCAGUAGAUCCAUCAUUUAUGAACGGAACUGAGAUAGGAAUGUGGGUCAGAACUCAAUGGAAGGAAACAGGAGCCAUUAGUACAAUUGUUGAUUCAAGCCUUGCAGAGGAGGUUUUGAAGUCAGAUGUACUUGAACGAGUUACCAUUGUGCUUUUGCUGGCUUUGAGUUGCACAGAGAAGAAUCCACACAUGAGACCCACAAUGAGAGAUGUUAUCAAGCAGUUAGAAGAUGCUAAUCCAAGGACAAGGAGUAAAAAGCUUCCAAGUUCCAACUCCUUAAAGAUCCAUAGUUGAUUCACACAUGUGAGCAUUGUGAGGUACUGAACUACAUUACUUCUUCCCUGAAGCAGUGGAAUAACUUGCACAGCUAUCUUCCAAAAGUUUAGGUGGCUAUUAUGUUGCAAUUAACGCUUUCGAUUUUGUAAAAGAAACUGAAGUUGUCAAUUCGUUGCCAUGUAAGCUGAUGGAUAACUAAUGGGCCAAGAGUAAGAACCAGUGACUAUACUGAGUUUUCUGUUAUUUUUCCCCUUAUUUUCUUUGUAGCUUUUCUGGUUAGAGCUACACUCUGCCAGGUUCUUUCAGGUUUAGUAUUCGCUUUAAGCUUGGGUUUCAUCAUAAGCAAAUCUAGAAUGCGAGUAGCUGAGGCAAACAAAGCUUUAGAAAUUUUUACUGAUGGGAUCUAGUGACAUCACUUGUAUGUUAAAUCUGUACAUGCACGUAUAGAUUAGUUCUGAC